GUUGUGCUUUUAGUAUACUAAAAGGAGGUGUUUUAUUUCAACUAAUAGAAUUUGAUGAAUGUCCGAUUUAGUAAGAUGGACACAACUAUACUAAUCUAUAGUAUUGUCGGUACUAUUGGUUGUUCGACAAAUGGCUUCGCGAUAUUCAUUUUAUUUCAGUUGCAGAAUCGGUUCAGUACUACAAAUCUUCUGAUCACAAAUCAGUGUAUCAUUGAUUUUGUUACAUCUUUGAUGUCGCUCUGUCUUUUUCUCGAUCCGAACAUAAUGACUCACCUCCCAGAAUCAAAAGCUGCAGCAGAAUUUGUAUGCAAGUUCUGGUCAAGCAAGUACAUAUUCUGGUCAAGUACAUUUACAUCAACGGCUAAUCUUGUGGUACUUACAGUUGAUCGUUACUUCGCAGUAAUGCAUCCAUUAAAAUACAAUAUGCUGAAGGAAAAGGUGAGGAUGAAAGUAUUGUUUUUGCUGAUUCCCUGGAUGUGUGGUUUUGGAUUCAUCCUACUCUGGUUGGCGGCACACACUGUAAAAGACGGAGUCUGUAUCCAAAGUUGGCCAAGUGUUGAGUAUCAGAAAGCGUUUGGUUUAUUAAAUGGGGUUUACAUACUUGUGAUUCCUAUCAGUGUAAUGGUGUUUGUUUACUUCAACAUUUUUCGCGCCCUCCGACAACGAGUUGGCAAUGAUUCAUCUGCAGUGAGUGCGAACAGUGCGGCCAGACGACUGAAUAUCGUUAAAACAAUGCUGAUAGUUAGUGUGACGUAUGUUAUUUGCUGGACUCCAAACCAAAUAGCAUUUAUCAACUUUACAUUGGGUGGUGAGUUCGAUUUCAACGGACCAGUUUACUACAUUACAGUAGCAAUGUCUCUAGUUAACAUCUGUAUCAAUCCCAUAAUAUACACGUUCAAAUAUAACGAUUUCAGAGUAGGUGUAAGAAAGACCCUGCCAUGUCUUAAGCAAUUAUCUACAUUAGAAGAAGCUAUUCCAUCAGGAACCGUGUCCACUAUUGCCACGAAAUAGUUCACUUUACGUUUUCAACUCAUAAACACACACAUAUACAAUUAUGUUUUACAGUACUUUUUAUAUACAAAUUUCACCAGGUAUUAAUUCCAAGUGCAAGAUAUUCUGAAAAAAAUUAACUUUUAUGAGCAAUAAAUCAUCAAUUGGAGACUUACUGCAUCAGAUUAUAAAUCAACGGAUGCCCAUACCUGUCUGAACUACGCCUAAUAUCUCGUAAGCAAGUGACUUGUAUUCUUAUUUAAAGGAGUUUGCGUUAACAGAAAAUGACACACACAUUUGUAAGUUUAUUUUGAUAUUUAGCAGAAAUUGUAAAUACAUAUUUAGGCCUAUAUAAAUUAUAGAAUGAAAAAUGUAGUGAUAUACGAUACCAAUCAUCAAACGCCAUGGUUGACGUAGAUCUACCAUCCGACACCAGAUAAGCAGGAAAAUUUGACACAUUAACAUUUCUGGAUAUCUGUACCCCUGACCAUUUCUAAUGAACUACUUAUGUUUUCAAAUAAAAAAAAUUGAAAGAUCUUCUACAUUACAAAUUUCAUCUUCAAGAUCGAGAUGAUAUAUCAUAUGAUGUAAUUAUAUAAUUGUUUGCAUGUCAAUGGAAAUACCAACACACAAUAUUUUAACUGUCUCCAAUAAUCUGAUAUGAAGUGUAUGAAAUGCAAUAAGCCCAUGAUUUAUAUCAUCAGUUUACCAGAAGGAGAUUUUGAUAUACUUGUUAACACUUUUCGCUUUAUAAACCUCGUCUAUGGUGGUGGUAGAACAAGUCUUCUUGGAUAAGGACUAUAAACCGUAGGCCCAGUGUACACAAUGGCUCGUGUGCACUAUAAAGAACCCAGAACUCAGAACUCAGACACAGUGGAACGAACUUUUUAUUUUCAAGCUAUACAAACGUAAACAAGAGCAUACGCUGACAUUAUUGACAUAACGUAUAUCAGACGAAUAUUAUUUCGGACACACCCGUGCCCUUGCUCAGCGCUAGUUGUAUGAUUGAGAAAUACAAACAGAUCUGACAAAUGCUAGUAACUUAGUAUAGAAUCCAAACACGUAUGCACAUAAUUAAGCAGAUAUGAAUACAUGAACCAAUAACAGUAGGAUGGGAUAUCAAAACAAAAAGUCGACCUAAAAUAACAUACACCGUAAAGUUAAUAACAAAGUAUCGGCAUAGAGUAACGAUCAUAAGUAAUAUGCAUAGUAUUAUGAAUAAAUUUUAUAGCUUAUUUGAAGCCAAGAUAUUUAUUGAUACUAAAUUUAUGAGUGUUUAAUUUUAAGAUCUACCGGUACUGUAGUUUAGCACAACGUCUAUUAGUUACUGAUUUAAAACUUGUAGCUAUUCUUAAUGUCAUCAAUAGAAUGGUUGGGCAAAUUGAAAUGUUGUGCAACAUGAAAAC